CGCCCAGCUGAGAUGUUAGGAGGAGGCUCGGCGGGCACGUCUACCGGCUCGGGUGAGGGUCGAGAUCUGACGGACGUAGAAAAGCAGCGGCAGGAACGCGUGUACAUCACGCGCAAGUAUAGGCAAUGGCACAUGAAGGUCGUGGAGGUACAGAACACACAGACAGACCCAGCCAUCCAUCCAUCCAUCCAUCCAUGUGUCAGCACGACAAGAAGCAGCACUUCAUGAUCCGUGGGUUCGACGCCUACGCCAACGCAUUGGUUGCCGGGUGGACGACGCAGGACGGGACGGUGGCCUCGCUGCGGUUCGGUGCGGUGAGGGCGGGGUUUUGGGAUCUGCUGGUCAACUGGCACAACACCAGCUCACUCAAGAUUGACGAGAAGGUCAUGUCCACUGCAAUGAACAUGUACGUGGCGGGCGAAUGGGGCGAGGCAGGGAGGGAAGAAGGGGAGCCUCAGGGGAGAAAAGGAGGAAAGGGUCCGUGUCUGUGCCGUCACUGGUUGGUCUGCUGUGUCCAUCUCAUUCAUCUGUGUGCAGGUUGGAUCGGUACGCGAACAAGCGGUAUCUGAGCGGCCUGCGGUCUCCCACCGACUACACCGCACUCAUCAUCAAGAAAUACUACACGGUGAGGCCGUGAACGAACACGUGCACACACGUACACACACUCCUGAUGAUGACAUGCAUGUGAUUUGCAUGCUCUCCUCAAGGCGGGUUUGGUGUGCAUCCAUCUGGCGUACAUGAAUGACCACAUCGAGCACGAGUACGGCGUCCCGGCGCAGCGGUUCUCUCAGAAGUUCUUCACGCGCCAGCUGCGUCUGAUGCCCUCUCCCAGCCACUGGGCCACCCACGAGGAGCUGCAGAUGACCCAGAUAGAGGUGCUGCACCACCUCAACUACAUCGUCUACUACCCAUCGCCAUUCGAGGCAAGAAAACGGGGAGAGAGACAGAGGGAUGGCGUGUGGAUGUUUCUGAGUGUGUGGGCGAGGGAUGCAUGUGUGUGUGUGUGCAUGAGUGCAGACGGUAGAGCGUUACCUGACUGCGACGGGCCUCAAGGUGUCGGAGGAGCUCAAGGCCUAUCUGCACGAGAAGGCGCAAUUCCUCCUGGUCAGUGACAUGGAAGGAGGGAACCAAUGACAUGGAUGUGUGUGUCCUCUCCUGCCACUGUUGGUCAGUACCUGGCGUUUGGUUCAAUCCGCUGCACGUGUCAGUCGACGGCCCAGCUGGCGUCCAUGGCCCUGCACUGCGCCAUCCGCAUCGCCAAAAAUGACCCCAACAUCGCCACACCACGCGACCUAAAACUGUGGGUAAUGAGGGGACGGGCAUUGACGGACAUGGACGGGUGGAUGGAUGCGUCUGUGUGUGUGUGUGUGUGUGUGUCAGCCCCUCGAGUUGGCGGAUGAGAGCAUGUUGACACACAGCCAUGUGCUGUGGGAGACCGGCAAGAAAGUCAUGGCCAACCUGCAAGUAGACCAGGUGCGCCCUGCCGCCAGCCCAGCCCACCACACACAACCAUGGGACAGAGACAUCAGCGUGGUGCGUCCGUCCCUGUCUGCGGUGCAGGUCAAGUUGGAUGCGACGCUGCAGCGGUUCCGCUACACGCUGGAGACGGUGCGGCAUGUGGAGGCGCUGCUGACACAGCCGCUCACACGGCGGGCGGGCUGACAGACAGACACAGGGAUGGUGUAGAGAUGCUUACGGGAUGGAUGGUGUAGAGGGUCGGCAGGCGACCACAGCGAGGAAGGGAGGGACAAACAGACCGAUUGAUCGAUGGCGGACAAUACAUUCAAUGGCGUGAGAAUGACCGACAGACUGUGAGCGUGAGCUCCUCGGAUGUGCUUGCUGCAUGCCAUGUGUUUGUGCAGUCACUGCAGUGUACAUGGAAGGUGCGUGCGUGGUGCGUAUAUGUCCAUCCAGCCGUGUCUUGAGUGAGUGAGUGAGUGAGUGAGCAGGUUGACGCGAUACAUGAAUUAAUGAUUGAUGCACUCA